AUGAUUGCUUCUGGGAGUUCACGCUACAUCCACCUCCUAAAAGUGAAUUUCCACGAAUCAAGUAGAUUUACACAAGACUCUCCUGCCCUUCCAAGGGAAAAAGACCUUGAUGAAGUUCUGCAGACACAUUCAGUGUUUGUAAAUGUUUCCAAAGGUCGGGUUGCCAAGAAGGAAGACCUCAUCAGUGCAUUUGGUACAGACGACCAGACUGAAAUCUGUAAGCAGAUUUUGACUAAAGAAGAAGUUCAAGUAUCAGAUAAAGAAAGACAUACACAGUUGGAGCCGAUGUUUAGAGACAUUGCUACCAUUGUGGCAGACGAAUGUGUGAACCCUGAAACAAAGAGACCUUACACUGUUAUCCUUAUCGAGAGAGCCAUGAAGGACAUCCACUAUUCAGUCAAACCUAACAAGAGUACCAAACAGCAGUUCUGUGAUUAA